CUCAUACACAUCCAACCCCUGCAACCGCCCGUCAAAAACCCGCUCCCACCAACUCUCGUGCUCAAGCGACUUGUUCCCCAGCCCCUUUGUGUCUUUCUUGUGGUGCAUCAGUAUCGGCUUGGCUAAGCUGUCCUUCUUGAACCCCGUCCCCGGUGUCCAGCCGUAGGACGUCAGAUAUCGCGUCGAGUUCAUCGCUGCUGCUGCUGCUUCUCAGUUGCUGCAAGGUCGGUCAGGCAGUGAUCCAGCAAUUUUUUAUUUCGCCGCACGAAUAGAGUUUGGUUGUUAUGUAAGGGAUUAGUAAUGAUAUCUACCCUCACUUCACUUCACCACUUCACCACUUCACCAUCAACACCUUCUUACCAUCAUAACAACUACUCCACAGUAUAGACAAGGCUGAUAUUCAUUAUAGAAGACGAUGGCGGACUUUGGAGGCUUCCCGCCCAUCCUCUCGCUCUUCUACACCACCUUCCAUCCUACCGAAGGUGCCAAAGUGCUCUUCCAGGUCCCCCCCGGCAGCGUCGUCAAAACCUCCGACCCCGCCGCCCUCGCAUCCCCCCUCUUCGACUUCGACUCCAUCAACUCCUACCUCAUCCCCCGUCCCCAGCUCUGCAACAAACUGCUCACCCUCCGCGUGAACCGGUUCCGCAUCGUCAGCCACCCGGUCCACAUCUCGUCCUCGGUCUACCCGCGGAACUCGUUCCUCUUCAACUUCUGCUUCGUCUUUGACCAGGCCGCUGAUGUCGCCGCGUACCUCCCCGUCGUGCGCAAGCUCGCGAAAAUGUUCCGCGCGCUCGAGCUCCAGGACCGGUUUCUUUCCAACCUGACUCCCGAGUCCGACACCCUCCGCGCGGUCGUCGACCAGGUCUUUGAAGACCUCAACAACUACUGCGAAUGCUUCAUCCCGCUCGACGACGACUCAAACUCAAUCAACAUCAAACUGUUCCCGCUGCACCCACCCCCGCCAAACAUCAGAUCCUUCCACGUCCCGAUCUCGACCGUCCGGCUCCGCCAGCUCAUGGACGUCAACUGGGACCCGACGAUGGAGAAAAUCGUCGACCACAUCGACGGCAUCAACUCCGUCCGCCGGAUCGCCGCCAUCGCAGACACAGACUACGACCUCACCCGCCGCUGCAUCCAGCACCUCAUGUACUACAACUGCGUCAUCGUCGUCGACAUCUUCCAGUUCUCAAACCGCUACGCCGUCACCGCCGAUAUCUCCGCGUUCGUAAACGACCCUUCGAUCGCAGCAGAAUGCCAGUCCUACGUCGCCGCCCCUCCCCUUCGGCACCCCUCCUCCGCCGCCUCUGCUCUAGCAGGCCUCCUCCUCCGCCGCCCUUCCGCAGCAGCAAUCUCCCCCUCCUCCUCCUCAACCUCCUCCUCCUCCCCCUCCUCCUCCGUCGGCUCCCGCUCAAACCUCCCCUCCACAACCCGCAAACGCAACGCAUGCGACCUCCUCGAACUCUACUGCUCGCUUAACAACGGUCUCUCUGUAAAAGACUGGUACUUGGCUAACCGCGACAGUCUCCGCGGCAUCGACGUGCGGCGGUUUAUCUCGUUUGGGAUUAUAAAGGGGUUGAUAUACAGAGUAAAUUCCUACCCCAUCCUCGAGCGGGGUGGUAAGCCUGCUGCCCUACAAGAUCUUCUCAGCGGCAAGAGCACUAUCAACAAAACACCCGGAUCACCGACUAUCUCCCUCGACGAGCCGCUCUCGGCUGAUGAUACAGCACCUGUUGACCCCGUCGUCGAGCGAAGAUUGAGGAAAUUGAGUCGUAGGAUUAAACACUUUGACGACAUCUGUACCGAUCUUCAGGUUUCCCGCGAGCAGGUCCUAAACACUCUCAAACGAUACGGCGAGGUCUCUCUCAUUCACGCCUAACUCUUCUUUUUCUUCUAUAUUUGUAUUCAUCAUGUCUCAGCUUUUGUAUUUUUUUGUAUUCCUGUAUCACGGAGUUUGGAGUAUCAUAAUAACAUCUAUCCCCUCGCCCAAUACGACACCUCCCCCCUCUCCCCCGCCUCCUCUCCC